ACAUGUAUGAAGUGUUUUGUUGGUCUGAGUGAGGUUUGUAGGUUUGAUUAACUGUUUGGCCAAGAUGAAUCUUAUUAAUGCAGACUGUGAAGAGUUUUGAAAGUGUGAUUUCAGUAUUGAACAAUGCUUGUUAGCAAUCAAAAAAACUAAUAUCAUCACAUAGCCUUUAUAUCAGCGUAUAUACGUGUGAGGAAAGCAAGAAGACAAAACGUUUAUGAAUGAAUGUAAACAUAUUGUAACGUUCUGCGCCAAUAAAGAGCCAGUUUAUGAUUACUCAGGUUUAUUGUCGCUGUUGUCGGUCACAGCCACGCCAUCCAAAAAACCCUGUUUUUUUUACCACCAGUAAGAACUCAACUUCCCACAACUCCCCGCAAUUCCCACUUCCUGUGUUCCCCAAAAUCUACAAACAUUACACCGGAAGGGGCGGUACCCCAACCCUGGCCUAAGUAACAGUAACAGUAAUCAGAACCAUAUACAUUUAGGAACUUAAGACACGCUACAAUAUCAUUGAUAGAACCCGAAUGAUCUCUUUCCACCUAUAUAUUUAGGAACCAGAAAUUCAAACUUUUACUCCCCUUAAUUCCAGUUUACUUACGUCUCGAAACCGUCGCACCCUUUCCUAGUUAAAAAAAACAAUUUUGCCCUCCCCAAAAACAUUUUUAUUGAUGAGGUCAUCGUUUUCACGACAGUUUAUUGGAGUAGAAGCACUCAAACAAAGUAUGUCAUGUACGUCACUUCUGUGCACGCGCGCUGAAACCUUUUCUUUAAAGACCCUCGUUCCGUUUUUCCGUAGACGAAGGAGUCGCUUGGUGCGCGUUUCAUCGCAUUUCAAUACGGAAUCUACACGAUGGCGCAUCUUAUCGGACGUUUAUUCGGGAGACGGUACGUUUCCGCAUUUCUCUUCCUCUCCGCCACGAUGUACACGGCGUCAUCCGUGACCCAUUACUCUGUUCCCGAAGAAAUGGAGGAAGGCUCUAUCGUUGCUAAUUUAGCAACGGAUUUGGGAUUAGACGUAAAGACGCUGAAGGGAAGAAAAAUGCGCGUCGACGGCGUGGGCAGAAAAAAAUAUCUUGACAUCAACCAAGACACGGGCGAGCUGUUAAUCUCUGAAAGGAUAGACAGGGAAGUUUUGUGCCCGUCAAAAACAACGACAUACUGCUUCCUUAAAAUAGAGGCUACGAUUGAAAACCCGAUACGAAUGUUUAAUAUCGAGGUGGAAAUCACCGAUAUUAACGACAACGCUCCUCAUUUUCGGAGAGGAACGAUGCACUUGGAUAUUUCUGAAUCGAGCCCCGUUGGAGAGAGAUUCUCACUGAAUAACGCUGCGGACCCAGAUGUUGGAACUAAUUCUGUGAAAGAUUACUAUCUGAGCGCGAGUGAACAUUUUGCACUCGAGAUUCAGACCGGAAGAGAUGGCUCAAAGUUUGCUGAUUUAAUACUAAUAAGGGCUUUAGAUCGAGAGAAGCAGGCUAUUCAUAAUCUAAUUCUCACUGCUGUGGACGGUGGAGUGCCCACGCGCACAGGUACAGCCAGCAUUCUUGUGCGCGUGCUUGAUGUGAACGACAACGCCCCUUCAUUUGACAAAGAUGAAUAUAUUCUAGAUGUGAUGGAAAACUCCCCCAUCGGCAGUCUAGUAGUGAAGCUUAACGCCACUGAUUUAGAUGAAAGUUCAAAUUCUGCCAUUGUUUAUUCAUAUAGUUUAUAUACGUCAGAGAGAACUCAGCAGGUGUUUAACUUGAAUCCAGAGAAUGGUGAAAUUAGGGUGAAAGAGAUGAUAAAUUAUGAAGAUUUCAAGCAUUAUGAAAUGGAGAUAAUUGCCAGCGAUAUGGGGCCUAACUCAUUAUCUGGACAGUGUAAACUGUCAAUUCAGGUGACAGAUAUGAAUGACAACCAUCCAGAAAUAUCUAUUAAAUCCUUUCAGAGUCCAAUAAAAGAAAACAUGGCAUUAGACACAGUGAUCGCUGUAGUCAGUGUAAGUGAUAAAGACUCAGGUGAUAAUGGAGUUGUUGAUCUUCAUAUUCCAGAUAAUAUGCCUUUCACACUGAGGGAGUCCUCUGAUAACUAUUAUGAGUUAGUAGUGUCAGAGCCUUUAGACCGGGAGAAGGUUCCAGAAUAUGACAUCACUUUCACUGUGACAGACAGAGGUUCUCCUCCUUUAUCUGACAAUGAAACUAUGACGUUAGAACUGCUGGAUGUUAAUGACAAUGUUCCACAGUUCCCUCAGUCGUUUUAUACAAUACGCGUAAUGGAGAAUAACGCACCUGGAGCCUUGCUCAGUUCCCUCACUGCGUUUGACCCUGACCUCCAUGAAAACCAGUAUCUAGUCUAUUUCAUCCUGGAGAAGGAGAUAGCCAACACCUCCAUGUCCAUGCUGUUCUCCAUCAAUCCAGAGAACGGUAAUCUUUACGCACUAAAAACCUUUGACUAUGAGAUCGAGAAUGAGUUUCUUUUCCACAUCGAGGCCAGAGACUCUGGCUCUCCUCCGCUCAGCAGCAACGUGACGGUCCACAUCAUUAUAGUGGACCAGAACGACAACGCUCCGGUCAUUGUCUCUCCGUGGCGCGCGCAGGGCUCAGUGGUGGAGGAAACGAUCCCCAGAUCCACCGACAAAGGCUCUCUGGUUGCCAAGGUGAUAGCUUUAGACACCGACUCGGUGCACAACUCUCGGAUUACCUACCAGUUUCUGCAAGUGACCGACGCCACCUUGUUCAGUCUGGAUCAAUACAACGGGGAGAUCCGGACUAUGAGGAUGUUCAGUUACAGAGACCCGCGUCACCAGCGCCUGGUUGUUGUUGCCAAGGACAACGGGGAGCCCGCCCUCUCUGCUACAGUCACCAUCAAGCUGUCCACAUUGGAGACCGCCGUUAAUAAGGCCUACUCUGACAUGACUGAGGUGCCUCUGGAAUACGACAUCUUCUCAGACCUGAACCUGUACUUGGUCAUUGGUCUGGGCUCGGUGUCGUUUCUCCUGCUGAUCACCAUACUGGUCACCAUUGUGCUCAAGUGUCAGAAACCCAAACCCAGCAAAGCGGCUCCUCCGUGCAGGAACAGUGUGCUCAGUGAGAGGAACUCCACCAUCGCAGACUCCACUCUGGUCUCCAACGAUGCGUACUGGUACAGUAUGUUUCUAGCAGAGACCAGGAAAGGAAAGAUGGUGGUUAGACAGCCUGUGCCGAAGGGCUCCAGAUACAUCGUGUCCAGUAUACCACGAGGCACAGGACUGACAGACACUAGUGACUCAGCAGCUUCCACUCUGCAGUACCCUAAAUGAGGAAAGUCCGCACUGCAGUUGGAGGCAUCCAGCAGCAGCGGCAGCAGUUCCACAUAAGGCCCGAUCUGAAGCUGUGUCCUCGUUUGGAUCUGAUAGGAAAGCUUCCCGGAUGAUAGAAGAGACCCCUUCUCGCGAAUGGCCCCACGUCCACCCCGCUCCGCCUGACCCUUGCUUCUCACAAUGUGUAGUUGUAAUGCCAGAACACCAAAUGGACUGCGGUGGCUAAUUAAGGACAAAGCCCUCUCCCUUAUCUUUCUUUAAGCACAUAAAAAGCCAAUCAACAAUCUAUUUUCACCGUUCAAUAUGCACGACAAGACUGCAUGACUUCAGCGUCACUCCAAAAAAGUACAUUGAAAAAAAAAGAAAUCAAGAGGAGAUACUGGAAAGGUUUUGAAUUUGCAACUUGAAUUAGCAAAUUAAAUAAGCCUCAACAAGGACUACCAGACUGGACACGGACAUGUUGAAAUGCCUUUAAGAGAUCGAUUUCCUCUUUAUAAAUGAAAGACAUUGUUGAUUACAUUAACCUCUGUGCUUUGGCUCGGCCCAUAACAGCAUCAAUCUAUAAUAAACAAGUUAAAGUGACAGCACAAAAAACUAAAUGUCAGAAGAGCACCAACAUAUAAUUGUGUGUGAAACAAAAAAUCUGUAUUUUAUAGCUGUGGUAGCUUUUAGUAGUUUUGUGAUUUGUACUUGACGUAGUGCUUUGUAUGUAAGCUAGGGCUAAACAUGAACGUGAUUCAAACAGACUAAAUUGAGGCCUUCAGCCACUAUGUAUCUGCCUUUCACUUGUUUGUGCAUGGGAUAAUCAAGUACUUUGAUAGCUUAAGAUGUUUUAUUAUGUCGAGCAAUCCAUUUUCUGUAGUUCUGUAGGCCUCUCUGUUUAGUCAUUUUCGAAACAAUGGUGAGAACACAAUGAAGAAGUGCAACAGCGUAUUACUUUUUCGUGGAUCAUUUGACAUACUGUGAGCGUUACGUUCACUUGGACAUUAUCAGAGAAUAGAGGGUUGAAAUGAUCACAAGUGCAUGCUGCGAGUGUUUGAGAACGAGCUGAUUGAUGUCUACUCAUGACUGCUGAUAAAUAUAUCACAAACAUGACCAUGUACUUUUACCUUUUCAUUUACAAAGCCAAACUCUGAAUGCUGUUUCAUUUCAAUGUCUUCUAAGAUUGUGUGACAAGAUAGAAACUCAAUUACCAUCUUAGUGUUUAACUUUAAUAAUGAAUACUGCUUUCAACCAAUGCAAGCUGUGCUCAUCUGUAACAAUGACUACUGUAUGUAUCUGCAAAUUCAACACAAAGAAGGAUACAAAUAAGGCUAAUGUAUACUAUAGGAGUAGCAUGUAUUAGUUUCUCUAAAUAUGCCUUUAUUUAUCAAUAUCAAAGCUGGAAACAAAAAACAUUGGAGCUCCUGGGCCAUCAGACGUUGAAUGAUCAGACAUCAUGGAGUCAAACUCUUUAGCACAGCUCACAUUGCAUUACCUGUAUAACGUUGUCUUUUACAGUAAUCUUUUACGGUCAAAUAUAUACAUGAAGUGCUGUUUUACAGUGGUACUUUUAUGGUGCAAUCUAUAGUUCGGUGUAAUAUGUGAGCUUAUUGUAUUCUACUUCUGUAUGAUCAAACAACUACAAAGAUAAAAUAAUACAUUAAACUCAA